GUAGUCAUAAUUGCCUAAUAUGGAUACUGGUAUACCUGUCAAUUCCAUGUAUGCUUAUGCAACUGCAGAGCCUCCUUAUGAUCAACCUGGCUUUGACAAACAAUUUGAAGCAACCAAAGAAGUACCUUCCACCGAGGGAGCUUCUGACCAUGAUGAUAUGCAAAAGGAGGAGGACCUAGAAUCAGAUGAAAAAAUCCAAGAGCCACCACCAAUACAAAAGGGACCUCUAUUUUCAUUAACUCAAGAGAAAGCAGUAAUCUUUACACAACCAUUGGUCAAAGUGAUGAAUAAGAACCAGGACCACUAUUUUGGAUUGUCAUCUGUGCUGAAUACUUUUUGCUGCUUUUGCUUUUGCUGCUGUGGAAUGUUCAUACUACCUUGCACAAUCCUUGCAAUGAUUUUCUCUAUAAUGGCUAAGAAAAUGGAUGAUAGUGGGAGUCUUAAAAAAGCUAAAGCAUUUGGUAGAAUAUCACUUGCUUUAAACAUUGUUGCAAUAAUUUCAGCCAUCGUGUUCUUUUUUCUCUGGAUCAUCAUUUUUCCGGCUUCGAUUGCUGCUUCAAGUUCAUCCUCCUCCUAUUACAGCUACAACUAUUAUCGUUAUUCAACUCCUUCAUAUUAUCAGUAUUAUUACUACGGUAAAUAAGAAUUGUUCAUUAUAGUGUGUGAAAAUACAUAUGCACUGUAUAUAUAGAGAAGUGUGUAUCAGUCAUUAUAGGCAUCAUGUAUUGUCCUAUUUUUAUUUUAAAUAUUUUAUAUAAAACUAAACUUCUGUUUUGCUGUUGAUUUUAUGCAUCAAGUACAUGCAGUAUCCUACUAACAACAGUUUUGCAUUCAA